AUGGGCCCCUGUACCGCCUCCUCAUGCUGCUGCCAGGCCCGUAAUCUGCCAUGGGCCCCUGUACCGCCUCCUCAUGCUGCUGCCAGGCCCGUAAUCUGCCAUGGGCCCCUGUACCGCCUCCUCAUGCUGCUGCCAGGUCCAGAGUCUCUCAUGGGUCCCUGUACGGCCUCCCAUUGCUGCUGUCUCCAUCGCCACACUCUGCCAUGUGCCACUUUCAGGUCUCCUCACACUGCUGGUGUGUUCCAUUUUUUGUCAUAGGGUGCUGGCAGAUUACGGGCCUCCCAUUGCUGCUGCCAGGCCCGUAAUCUGCCAUGGGCCCCUGUACCGCCUCCUCAUGCUGCUGCCAGGUCCAGAGUCUCUCAUGGGUCCCUGUACGGCCUCCCAUUGCUGCUGCUGUCUCCAUCGCCACACUCUGCCAUGUGCCACUUUCAGGUCUCCUCACACUGCUGGUGUGUUCCAUUUUUUGUCAUAGGGUGCUG